AUUUUCAUGUGUUGUGUCAAUUUGACAAGCGUUAAGAGCUGCUCUGCUCUGUCGCGGUUUAUAAUUUAAUACUGCUACAUAUCGUAAUGUUACUGAACGGAGUUUAAUAUAAUUAGAAUACAUAGUACUGAUCAUGGCUAAUCACUAUGAGGUGCCCAAUUGGGCUGGAAAACCGCCGACUGGUCUACAUCUGGACGUGUUGAAAGGCGACAAAUUGAUUCAAAAACUGAUGAUUGAUGAGAAGAAGUGCUAUUUAUUUGGGCGUAACCCUCAAAUGAACGAUUUUUGCAUCGACCAUGCGAGUUGUUCAAGGGUGCAUGCUGCAUUUGUUUACCAUAAACACUUGAAUAGAGCAUUUUUAGUCGACUUAGGCAGUACGCAUGGGACGUUUAUCGGACAAAUGCGCCUCGACGCGCAUAAGCCGACGCAACUGCCUAUAGACUCGAAUUUUCACUUUGGGGCUUCGACUAGAAACUACAUUAUAAGAGAGCGUCCAACUGGUAAUGCUAGGGGGAUAAUGGAAGACCUACCCAAUACUGAGCAAGAAGGUGCAUUGCUAGGUCUGCCUGAAACACAGACUGAAUUAGAUAAUCUUACAGAAUUCAAUACAGCUCACAACAGAAGAAUUUCUAUGCUGGGCAUAUCAACUGAUGAUGGCAGUGAUGUUAUGAAGCCUCCAACCGGCACGAAGCGCUCUGCCUCAAUGUCUGGUGGUAUAGCAAAGAAACAGAAGAGGAACGUCUCCUUUAAUGAAGAGGUGGAUAUUAUCAACCCUGAGGAUAUAGAUCCCACUAUUGGCAGGUUCCGGAACCUUGUCAAGUCGACCAUAGUGCCAAACCCGAAUAGUGCUCCGAAGAAAUUGAAACUGCAGAGUGCUGAUGAAGGACAACACCACCAUUCGCUGAGAUUGCAGGAAAUAUCGAGAGGCAGCAACCUGUAUUCAGACUUACCUGCGCCGAGUUCCCAUCUCAGUUUGAUUGGAGCCAGGUUGGGCUUGUCACUACCUAAUCCUGCGCCUGAUGUGGAACUCGAAGGACCAGAACCUCACUUGAACAUUCAUCCACCUCUCCCACAUACUGCCCCAGAAGAGGCCGGCCCAUCAAACGAACCUCGCAAGAAGAAAUACGCCAAAGAGGCCUGGCCUGGCCGCAAACCUGGCCUCAUACCGGGCGUAUGAGGGUUACCCAAACGAUAGUGACACUAUAGUGACGCGCUGCGACGCUAGUGAUGUGACUCUACCGUGUACAAAUAGUCUAUGGAUACCCACUACAGGUUUUGCCGUUAAUAUGUUGGUAGUAUGUAAGUUACAUUAUAAGAUACUGUUAAAUAUUCAGGCCAAUGAUGUUUCUUCAAUAGAAAGUGUUAUAAAAAACUGUCUAAAUAAUUACAGUCAUCGAAGGAUUGUCAAUUAAAUUGAUAUAGGGUUAUUGUAGCAACAUUACAUUAAUUCUAGAAAAAAUUGUCAGAGUCCAAGGUUGUCAUAUAUUUAAGCAUUCACUGGUUUCUAACUUGGCCUUAGAAAAGAGACAAAAAACGCUGGUUACAACUUAGUUUAAAAAUGCGGUUAGCACAUUUAUUAGACGGUAAAUAGAGCUUCCUUUCCAUAAGUAAAAUAAUUAAAGUUAAUUGGUAUAAAUAAUAGUACAAUAAAGUUAGUGAUUGUGGUAAUUUAUUAUUAAAUGACUCGCAUAUUGCUCAAUUAAAUAAAACUUAUCUUGUAAGAUAGGUAAUCGAAAUAAAUGUACACAUGACAACAUACAUUUUAGUCUAUUAAUCUAUUCCAGAAACAUGGACCAUAGACAAGUUAGAGUUUCUAUGCCUAGGGCUGUUUAGACGAGGCGAGAAAUAAAUUGCCAUUCAUAGCAGUGAUAGUCCCGUGGUAAAAUCAUUGGAUUGCCAAGUCACUCAUUAAUAUCCUCUAGAAUUCGAAUGUGACGAAAGAGAAUGCGAAUGAACACAUUAUGUGGUAAUAGAGCAAACUUGAAAAAAAUCAAAGGUUUGCAAAGCCACAUCAUUGUAUAUCAACAUUAUCAGAUUGGAAUUGCAAAUUUUAAUGUAUUGCAACUUGAAAGAUACUUCUCGCGUUGACAAAACAAGCCUCUUAUGUAUAUAGCACUAAGAUUUGCCUACCCUUCACUGCUUCCUAUUAAAUAUAAAUAAGUCUAAGAAUAGUCGCAAUGAAGUUCACAGUCCUAUUUCUAAUUUUGAAAUCACUUUGCGAAUGAAAACAAUGGCCUAUGUUCAUCAGGCAGCUAUAGUACCAACAUUCAAAUAAAAAGGAAUAAAAAGAAUGUAGUUUUAUCUCUUUGACAACUAAAGAAAAUGUGACGGAAAGUUGUUUUGUUUGCGUUUUAAUACGAGGCACGGCCAUAUACAGAGAGCUUUGUGUCAACUACCUGACAGAAAACGAGCUAUUUAAUGAUGUCUGAAGAGCUAGCUAAGUGGUUUAUGUCGCCACGAUAGUGAUCACUGCGCAAGUGCUGCUUGAGUCGACUCCUGCGCAGUGCAAGCGCAUGUGUGAUACACAAUAGACAUAUACCAGGCAGACAGAGGUUGAUUCUUAAAUCUUAAAUACUUAAAUAAUUCUACAGUUUAGUUCCGUGUCUUUAUCGAGAUCGCCCGACUAGUUUCAGACCCAACCGGAGUCCUUAAUCAUGAGAUGAUAUGGUGUGUGUUUGUUACCCCUUCAGGCCCAAACUGCUGGAAGAUUUUCAUGAAAUUUGGUACGGUGUUAAAAUAGAAACGGUGUUAAAGAAAAGUGACGCGGUUGCGGGUCGCGCUUGUAACCGCAAACUCAGUCUGUCGAUCUAUGUGUCUUUUAUGUCAAUGUAUAUAUUGUAAUUUGGCUUCAGAAAAUGACUUUUUUUUUGUAAUAAAUGCUUUUAGUUUUGCAACUAUAACAUUAAUACAAUAGCGUUUAAUUAAAUGUAUUGUACCACGUGUAAUAAGAAACUACAAAUGUAGCAUAUUAUAACGAAACAUCAACAUAUUAAUGGUUUUUAUCUGUAGUUAGUAAAAUAAAACGUUGCUCAUAAUAGCAAUCACACUUUUUCAUUCAUUUUAAGUACAUUCAAAUGUAUUGAGUAUAAUAAUUAUAAGUAUUUUUAAGAAAAUUGUGAAUGAAUUAUAAGAGAAAGUCAUACCUAUUGAA